AACAACAAUGAAUUCAAUUUUGAAAGCUUGUGUUUAGAAGUUUUUGCAAAUUUUGAUAAUUAAUGGUUGAAGUCUAUAAUAGUCUGACAGCAUAUUCUGUCUCAUUCCUAUUGCAAAGGAGUCAUUUUGGGCAUCGUUGGUAUCCUUUCUGAAUCAAUUAGAUUCCAAAUGAGGCGAAGUGCUUUCGUCAAUAUCUGAGACGUCAAAUAACACUCGAUGACCAGUGGGUUCAUGGGUACACUCAGCACUUGCAGAAGCUCUGAGCAUCAAACUGAUUAUUUUAACGGUCAUUGUGGACUGCGAUGAAACAAAUGAUUAGUUCUCCUCUUUAAAAUUUUGGUCAAACUGGCCUCGGUAAGUUGGGUGAGACGUGACAUGGGAAAUGUGAAUAGCUGCAACCUAUAUCUCCUUAAGAGUUUACACUUAGCCUCGUGCUGCGAUAAUGUUAAUUCCAUUUCCUGUUCAGUCUAUGUAGAAAUUUUGCUCAAGCCAUUCGCAAUAGGAGUCGAAAUAUUUCCAUUUAGUGUACCUUUUCCAGUAGGAGCAUAGACCAUACGGUGGGUUGGAUAAGCAAGCUUGUUUAUUGGCUUGUAUUUUUUUCUAUCUUGUUGGCGGUCAUUUCGUGGUCUAGUGUUGUUAGUGCUAAUGUGUAAUAGUUGAUCAGGUGAUGAUGCUCGUCUACUAUGGUAUAGCGAAGAAGCAGCACAUUUUAAUCCUAACUGUUAGGCUAUUAUUGAGCAACCAACCUUAGUGCGGUAGCGGCCGGUCACAGCCACAACAGAGCACGGCAUCAACUUAGCUGUAAGUCAACUCGACGCCACAAUUGUUGACUGUGAGCGAGCGAAAUGCAAUAAAACAGGAGACAACGCUGUUCCCCUCCGCACUGCUCUGAUGCUGCUGCUGCUCUGCUGUCGCUGUAUCGUAUGUUGAAAAAGAAGAAAACGAUAAACAAAGGCGGCUAGGAGCAGUGCGGGGAUUUAUGCGAAAUGAGGUAUUGUAAAAUGGUACAAUUUUCCUUCUAUUUGUCUGCUGACUAUUGCGCGCAUUUCGCCGUUUUUUAUUUCGCUCCAUUUUGUAUUUGGCAGGGAAACGGAUUAGUCGAAUUAGAAACGUGCAACUCUUACAUUCAUAAACUCACUCCCGUCCCAUUGCCCCGUUGACAAACGCUGAAAAAAGGAUUUUGAGGUAUAUACAGCAUAUUGCUACAUCAACAAACAACCUGGCAAAAAGAAGCGAAAUCAGAAAUAAGUGAGCCCAGCACAGCUAAACACCUCCCUGAACGACCACUCUUCUCGCGAGCAUGGUUAACCAACUGUUGCAUUGAAUCACGAGAAGAGACGUGAACGGACAACUACUGAAGUCUUCAUGUUAAUGUUGAUUCAUUUGGUGCACGUACUUAGCAUCAACAAGUCACCUUUGAGUUGCUGAAUUUGAACCAGAUUCACAGUAUAAGUUAUCGAACUCUUUGUCUUUUUUGUGCUUCGCUGUACUGUCUUCGUGUUACAAUCUGUUUAUUUUUGGAUCAUUGUUGUAUUCGCUGGCUCUUCUCUUUGUAUUCAGAUUCGAAUGGUACUCUGCCACAGUAGAGAUUGCGUGUCGUCUAAUAAGCAAUCAUGACCAGUAUUUGCUUACUUUUACCAUCCAACAUUUCUCGAUACUGAUGAUGCCAUCAUGGCAAAACUAAAUAUUAAAAAUGGCCCUUAAAGUCGCGACUUGUAGCACGAGCUACAGACAUGCCAAAAUACACAAAUUAAUCUAACUAAAAAAAAAAUUUUGCAUCGAAUUGUUAACUAGAUGAGAAUUUUAUGAUAAAACUUAUCAGAUAUUUAUAACUAACUUGGGCUCAUAAUAGCUUUGGCGUAUUCGUUAUUUUGUCUCAGCUGAAAAAAUUAUGUGCAGUGAUCUAACAAUUUUUGACUUGAAGUCGUUAUUUGUCUUGCGACUGUGGCAGCACAAUUUUUUAAUAGUUCGCUAGCCAAAGUCGAAUGAUGUUUUACUACCAUCGCAAUUUGACCAACCUUUAUCGAUAUUGAGGCACACGUACGAGCAUUGCCAAAUGUGAGCAGUGAUUCAAGACUAGUGGUUAGUUUCAUCUAUAGAUUAACUUAUAUUUUUGCUAAACUAUCUGCCGAAAAAAACACGUAGCAUUGAAGCAUUGAGCAGGCCGUUUCGUUUUGCUGGUUUCGUUGUGUGUCGUCUACUCUUUUAUUUAUCAUUCUUAAUUAUUGUGUUCAAUUUCACCGUGUGCUAUUGUUCUGAUUUAUCUCAUCUGGCACUUUCGUGAUACCACUGUCGAAUAGUAGAGUUGAUACUUCUCCAGUAGCUGCAGAACUACUCGUGGUCUGUUGAAAGUCGAAAAAGCACCAAGGUACAUUUGGUCUUCAGCCAUUCUGUUGGCGGCGUGAAAUUGAAAUAUAUUUGUUUUUACCACGCUUAAGCAUUGCUCUAUCAUAUAAUACUCUUUGGUCUGAUCUGGACAUAACCGCAUAACUCAGCGCAGCGCUAGUUCAUUUUUGUCGUUUUUGGUCGUGUCGACGAAUAUGUUUCAACUUGCUUAAUCUUGGCCACUAAAUUGCGAGUCACGUUUGAAAAAUUGAGCAUACCUUUGAUUGAUCUCUUAUUUGGCUAUUUUGUUUUAUCAACAUAAUUCAGCAAUUUUCAUAGCAAUUUCAAUUAAUAUUUGGAAUUUUUCAUUUAUUUCUCAUCAAGCAGAAACACAUUUUCUUUAAAUUUACCUGGCGUAUUUGCUAUCAUUAAUUCCUUUAACAUAUCUCCGAAACAUUAUCAAAACUCAAAACCGAUAUAUUGUAUCCAAAUCUAGCUUCACCAGCAGCAAGUAUAUUGCCAUCAAUAUCAUCAGUAAAAAUAUCAAUUCCUACAAAUAUUUAAACAGCUAUUUUGCCAAAUUAAUUUUGAAAUUAUUUUUGGCGCGUCUUUCCAAUAUCGGCUCCCUUUACAUAUCUAGCUUACCGUUUAAACCAACCAUAUCAUAUAAUCUCGUUUCCUAAGUUUAAAUUUUAAUUCCGAAUGCAAAUUGAACAUUCGGAACUCGGUCGCCUUGAAUGCAAAAGAAAAACUUUUUAGAUAGGCAAAUUGAAAGAAAUCUAAAAUCUAUCUUAUAAAGUGCGAAAUUGUAUAAGAACAAUAUAUAAUCAAUUAGCGUGGUGCAGAUUUAGUUUGCAUAAUCUCAAGUAUAUCAACAUUGCUGGCCCCUAUUUCAUUUCGGAUUGAUUCUGCUUCAAGUUAGUUGAUCAAUUGAAAUUUUGGUUUUAAUUGAGUCUAGUAAGACCUGCUUUGUUCGUGGCUCCUCUGCAAAGGAGGCUUAUUGUCUUUUUAUUUGGACACUAUUACAUCUGCACGACACUCCUGGAGAACUGUGGCUGCUAUCUUUUACCUGCAAUUGAGAACCCAAACCAGAAUCAUUUCAUCCUGCUGUCGUCAAAACAACGUCCUUGUACAAUCUCAAAAAUAGACCAGCAGCAUAAUCGCUAGUUUUGUCAAGAGGCUCAGAUUUUCUGCACUUCUGUUCCACUGCUCAGCCGAGAAUCACCGCAAUUAAGUCCCAUCCAAACUGGCCGUCACAGCCGACAUUCAGCAGCUGCUCAAAAUGGUGGGAAUUGAGAACGGGUUCGACUCGCACCAGUUCAAUCACCUUGGCAGCUCCGGAGGGGGAGUGUUGAAGAACAACCCGUUCGGUUUCCUCAACUCAGCAGCCUCGUCUCCUUCCAAGACGGGAGGCGGGGGGAUCAACUUGAGCACGAAUGAAUAUGAGCAUCUGCUGGACACGAAUUUAGAAGAGGAGGAGGAGGAGGUGGGACUGAACCUGACACAGCCUCACAAGCACGGCCAGGACGACCACGCUAACGGGCGAAUUGAAGGGGACCACACAGGGUUCCGGAGGGAUCUGCUGAGUCACGAUGUCAAUUCACAAGGCCAUUGCAACAAAUCAGGAUCCAAAGAGGGGGCAAAUGGAGUCGCAGCGGGCAGUGAUUGUUCAUCGUGCAACAGCUGCUCAACCAAGUCACGCCUGUAUCUAAAGGGGGAGAAGACAGAGCUGACCAUGGGGGAGAAGGAGAAGUUGCUCGAGUGUAUCAAGGUACACGAGGUCAUUUUCAACCCAGAACACCCCUCCAGGUCUGUCCGUGAUCUGGUCACGUCCGCCUGGGAAGAUGUCGCAGAGAAAACAGGAUUUCCAGUUGAACUUUGCAAGGAAGCCUGGCGCAAGAUAAAACUAGCCUAUCAGAACUCGCAGCGCCAUGCACGCUCCAAAGUGAAUGCAGACGGUAGUAUACGGAAGCCAUACUACUUGCACAAACAGAUGACCUUCUACGAGCCCCACCUGAGGGCACGUGACGUCAUGAAUCAGCUGGUGAAAGUGGACCAACAGGCGGCACAGGAGAGAAACCAGAAAAAUCACCAGUCUCCUGGAAGUACACCUUCCGCAAGUGUUUCGCCACAGCCGCAGCCCUUGAAUCUUCAGAGCCAGACUUCACUGUCGUCUCCAGACUCGGUUUUGUCUCAGAGAUCAAAUGACGGAUGCGAAUCUCCUCUGGCACUGGACGCUCGAGUUUCAGCGACGACUUCUGAAGUCAACUAUUCUCCAAAUAACACAUCCAUGUCUUCCAGCUCGCCCUUUCUGUCGGGUGCAAUCAGCGCAUCUGAGUCGGCUUUCAUUACGUCACUAGUGAUGAAAUCCAUGCCACCAGUGGUCACUUCUUCGACCAUAUCAUCUAUCAACGACACCACUUUUCUGCCGUCACCGCCCCAGCCGGAGAACAGACUGCUGAAGCGGAAGCUGGAGCCAGACUUGUUCGUAUCACAGCAGCCCAGUCUGACUGUUUCUAAGCAGCCCAACCUAGUCAGCCAAACAGGUCACUUGCCAUUCAAUGGUCACAUCAGUCCGCCAGUAGAGAAGCCUCUGUUAAAAUCUUCCUCCUCCUCUUCUCUUCUCCUCCCAUCCGCCCCAUUCAUAUCCCCUCUCUGCUCCUCCUAUGCUCCCUCAUCGGUGUCAGGUUACUCAUCCCUGUCUCCGCCGAGCAAACAGUGCCCGCCUGUCAACACCGCAACCCCUCCCCCACUGGAAGUGGACGCAGACCUACAGUUCCUGCUUUCGCUGCACGCCGACAUCAAAAGUCUCAACUUCAAGCAGAAGUUUGGCUUCAAGAGAAAGGUGUACUCUCUCAUGGAAGAAAUACUAAACAGCAGCGGCGAGAAUUAGAUCUCCUUUCAAUAAACUCUUCGGACAAACUUUUGCACUCUUAAUGAAAACAUUGUAAUACAUGCCAGCCAAACAGCGCGAUGAAAGCCAAGUUCUCGCCUUAAAUUGAUUGGAGCAACAUAAGACUAUCUUUCUGGUUUCUUAGUUGUAGCGCUGGCAUCAGAGAUUUGAAAUUGGUGAUAAUUUCUUGUAAAAAGUUCUUUGAAAAUUAAUCAUGUAAACUUGAUUGAAGCUUGAUGCUGAUGUUACUUAUGUACAGACUACUGCUGUUUCUUUUAGAGCGUAUCCUAACUAAAUAUCUACCUCAUAUCAAACUACGAUAUCUUUUUCAGCUCAUAUCCACUCACAAGAUCUUGUAAAAUAAUUCUAAUUUCCAAUUUCCCGGCCUUUUUAAUUAGUAAAGAAGAAGAAUGACCGUUUGCUGUGCAUGUAGCAAAGGUGUCCCGACUGCAGCUACCACCCCAAAAGAAAUCAUUUUCUCUCUUGUAAAUGUUCUUCUUUUGGGGGUACAAAGAGUGCAGAAACAUUUACUAGAUGCUUGAAAGAUAUAAAAGUUAUUUAUAAUAGCCUUAUUACCAUAAAAUAUCUUAACCGGAUGAGAUGACCCA